AUGGGGCUCAUCCGACCAGACGCGCAGACACAGCUGCGGGAAGUCCCUCACGAGGCAAUGUUGACUGCCACCCGAAACGAGUGGAUCGACAAUUACAGUCCUACAGACAAUCCGCAGCUAACGGGAAAGAUAUCCUCCGAAUGCCACAACGUCGGAGCUGUCGAUCAACGCAUCUCGCGUCGCGAUCGGGUCAAACCAGUCGCAAUGGCACAGGGAAGAAGAGACAACGUACGUGCCAAGUGCGGACCAAAACCAACAAGGAAUGACCCACAUAAAGAGGCAUGA